CAUUGACUUCCAUCUUGGUCCUAUAUUCACAAAAUCUUAAUGGCAUUCUCUGGUGCGCUAACAUUGACAGAUCUAAACGAUUUUCUUGGCCCUUCUCAGGCGUGCAUAAAACCUGUCGAACAGACCAAUUCUAUAUCAGGGACUGAGAAAGAUGCAGGUGCUGCUGCUACAGAAAUCCGAGUUGAUUCCAGCGGGUCCUAUUACGAAGUUUCCACUGAUGGAUUAUCAAGUUCUCGCCAAAGCUCGAGCUCAGGGAAAAAGCUGGAACAAGCUCAGGUCAAUUUGAAUGACUGCCUAGCCUGCAGCGGGUGCAUCACCUCUGCCGAGUCCGUUCUGAUCACACUACAAUCCCAUAUCGAAGUUCUCAAAGUCCUUGAAUCAAACCCUUCGUCAGAAUUCUGUGACGGCCGAAUAACACCAGUGAUGUCCAUUGCCCCUCAAUCCCUUGCAUCACUUGCUGCAUCAUUAUCAGAAUCAUCUUCAACGCAUUCGCGAGUAUCGCCACGUCAGGUCCUGCGAAGACUUCGCAGCUUUUGCAAGGAUGUUUUAGGUUUCGCCUACGUGUUCGAUACAACAUUUGCCAGACAUUUGGCCUUGAGGGAGCAUGUGAUGGAGUUCGUGGAGCGACAAGAAACACACCGUAUCAAGGACUCCAUGGACUCCAUAGGUGAUAGCCAGGAAGCGUCGGAUGGACGCUUGCCGAUGCUUGCCAGCGCAUGUCCUGGUUGGAUAUGUUAUGCAGAGAAGGCCCACUCGGAAAUGCUUCCUUUCAUAGCGCAGACUAAGAGUCCUCAGCAGGUCAUGGGAACGCUAGUUAAGAAUUGGAUGGGUAGCAAGCGGGGAAAAUUACCGCACAAAAUAUACCAUGUUUCUGUGAUGCCUUGUUAUGACAAAAAAUUAGAAGCGUCCCGUAGUGACUUCUACAACGAAGUGUAUGCAACGCGGGAUGUCGAUUGUGUCAUCACAACCGGGGAGCUUGAGCUGAUGAUGCGAGAGAAAGGCUGGGAUCUGUCUAAAUCAGUUCCCGGAGAACUGGAUGUCCCAGUCUCCCCAGCGCCAGAUCCAAAGAAUGUCUCGGAAGACACUUUCCCCGAGCUGAUCAACCACCCAGGCUCGUCCUCCGGUUCCUAUCUCCAGGCGAUUAUAUCCCAUGUGGUGAAGACGUCGGAAAUGCCUUUGGUUCUCUCCGUCAGACAGAUGAGAAACUCUGACUACGAAGAAUAUAUCUUACGGACGGAAGUAGCGGAUGGUGUUGGUCAGGUCGUUUUCAAAGGAGCCAAGGUAGGCAAGGAGAAGGGAGUCCGCGUGGGGACGGGUGCAGCUGGCAGACUGGCCGGUGUAGCUGCGAGCCGCAGGAUCAAGAGAGGCGCCGGAAACAACGGUGUAAAAGAACGACCAUACGAUUAUGUCGAGGUCAUGGCGUGUCCAGGAGGCUGUGUUAAUGGCGGCGGACAAUUGAAGGCACCGUCGACAAUAAUGAAAGACAUUGAUGAUGAAGGCUACACGCGAAAUUGGAGCGAUGCCGGGGUCGAGAUGCAGAACCCCCGAUGGGGAAACAAGGAAUGGACCCGGAAAGUCGAAGAGGUGUACUGGGAAGAGUCGCCACCCCCAGAAGUUACCAAUGGGGCUCUAGAGUGGGCGCCUGUGGAAACACGAUGUAUAGGGCCGGUUGUCAGCGUGUAUGACGAGCUUAUUACGAGAAUUCUGUCGGAAGCUAAUGACGUUGGGCGGAACUCGUUCCGAACUCAAUAUCGAGCAGUCGAGAAUGAGGUAGUUGGUCUGGCAGUCAAGUGGUAGAAAUUACUGUAGUUGGGCGCGUAAUGCAUUAUGAAGAUUAGAUGAGCAU